AUGGUGUAUGCACAUACAGGGCUUACGUACAAAGCUAAAUGCGUAUUGGCAGUCACCACGUUGCCUGUCGGCCUUGUGUACGUACCAUUACAAUGUAUGUGGCUUGGCCGGGUCAACACGCCGACAGAGAACGUCCAUUACUUCAUCAAACCCCGGCCAUCGUCGACAGAUCCGUCCACCGCCAAUUUGCCAACAAUCGCGACACUCAGUCAGUAUAAACAGUUUGGCUCUUUGACUAUGUCGAGCGAUAAAACACGCCUCCGUGUGUUUCUGGGAGUCUCACAAAAAGUCCUUUUAGGUUUCUUUAGCGAUCCGUCACCGGGUCCCUUUGAUAUUUAUCGCGAGCCUAUAAAAUUUCGUGAAAAUGUUGCCAAGGGGCGGCAGAUUCUCGGUGCACCUCCUAAUCAAUUAUUCGAAAAGAGAUAUGAGCGAAUUUUUGAAGGCGAGGCACUCACGGAGCCAUGGCGCGACGAGGCGCAGCAACGGAUAAAAGAUGAGAAGAGGAAGAUUGGCGGUCACAUGCUACCGACAUCUCCAUCGAAGAAGCACUCGUCGCCCGGAGACUGGUACGGAUGCUUUACUAAAUCUUCUUACUUCAGUCCGCAGCUGAAAGUAGAAGCGAGAAAAAAGACGCCGGUUCCACCUAAUAUGAAGAUCAAGCCCAAUCCGCUUGGUGGCCCAGGAUACGCGGAUAUUUGCUUGAGUCCUUAUCCAUCGUACUCCCACGAGCCUUACGAUCGCAUCGGAAGAGUUGGUAAAAAAGUGGUGUCUGAAGGCCGAUUCUUGACGACUAGUACGCCGUUGGAUUAUUUCCCUCCAAAUCCUUACGAGGAUGAGGAACCAGGGCCCACUUAUGUCCGUCCGGUCGAGAUUGCAAGGAAGACACUCGGUACGGCGCGAUUCUACGUCCCUUUCCCCAAGAAACCCGGCGGAAGUCACGAUGGUUGCUUCAGCAAGUUUCCAGAGUACACGGGCGAUCCUUAUGUUAAAGCUAAGGCUAAAGCUGCCGUUGAGUCCAAGUUUAUAAGCGGCGGACCAUUUCUACGUUCGAAAUAUACGAACAGUAUUAUCGCGCAGAUAACGAAAAUAUCGUGCAACGCUCGCAAUUAUUCGGAAUAUCGAGAACGCGCGUAUCCUGUGCAUUGA